UCCGCAUACAAUCUGAAUACAUUACCCUACAUCCUUGAACUGCUCACCCUCGAGACCUCGACAUAGACCUAGUACAAGGAACCCAAGGUGAAUCGAUCAAACGAUGCUUUUGGCAUGGCAGCCAGUCAAAACAACAAAGGGUGAAUUAAAGCAGGUCAGCAAACUGACAACCAGCAGAAUUGGCUGUGCAGGAAUUUCCGAGUCGUCAGAGUCUCAACAACCUCAGAAUGAGUGCCAACAAAAUAUUCCUGCGUUACUAUCCGCCAGGACUGGCCGUAAAUUAUCGAACAGCAAAGGGCAAUGAGCGUUUGCGACACUUUGAUUUACUUGACCUAGAUACAAAAACAAACGUAGAACCUUUGGCAGACAGGAUUCUGUUGCAAACUUUAGCUGAGGCGGAGGAGGAUCAAAUACAUACAGAUUCAGAGAAAAAUCCUCCACUUCGUCCUUUAAGUGGAAGUGUCGCUAGAUCUCAAAACACUUUCAGUGCCCUGAAAUUGGCUUUGGAAAAACUGCAGAAAAAACUUAGAGAGCCGGUGAAAAAGAAAUUCUAUCUGCACAAGUGCCACAACUCGCACAUUCUGCCGCUGACUAAUGUGUCCUUCGAUCGGAGUGGCGAUCGCUGUCUUACCGGCAGUUAUGAUCGCACCUGCCACGUGAUCAACACCCAAAACGCUGAGGUGGAACACAUCCUCACUGGCCACGACAAUGUGGUGUUCUCCGUGGGCUUCAAUCAUCCUUAUUGCGACAAGAUUGUGACGGGAUCCUUUGACGGCACCGCCAAAGUUUGGUCCUCUAGUAGUGGUCAAUGCCUGGCAACUUUCUAUGGACACACCGCAGAAUUGGUGGCCGCGGAGUUCCAUCCCAUGAAUGCCAACUCCAUAGCCACUGCUUCCAUGGACGGAACAGCCAGGAUUUACGAUGUGGAAACUUCCCAUGAACUCCAGCAGCUGACUCAUCAUGGAGCCGAGGUGAUUGCAGCGCGGUACAAUCGGGAUGGACAGAUGCUGCUCACGGGUUCAUUCGAUCACACAGCAGCUAUUUGGGAUGUGAGGAGCAAGAGUCUCAGCCAUCAGUUGCGUGGCCACAAUGCCGAGUUGUCAAACUGCAUCUGGAAUUUCAGUGGAUCUCUGAUAGCCACAGGUUCGCUGGACAACACAGCAAGGAUUUGGGAUGUUCGGAAGCUGGAUCAGGAACUCUAUCUAGCCGCCAAACACAGUGACGAGGUGUUGGAUGUUAGCUUCGAUGCGGCGGGCAGACUGUUGGCCACCUGCAGCAGCGAUUGCACCGCAAGGGUUUGGAAACUCGAGGGAUCCUCGGAGCCAGAGAUGCAGUCCCUGAUGGCAGGACACGCGGAUGAGGUGUCUAAGGUGUGCUUCAGUCCCAGCGGCUGCAUGUUGCUCACGGCUUCAGCGGAUAAUACGGCGCGUCUUUGGCUCACAGAAUCCGGUCAGUGCUCCCAAGUUCUCGCCGGUCACGAGGGAGAAGUGUUCAGUUGUGCCUACAGCUACUCAGGCGACGCCAUCCUUACCGCCUCCAAGGAUAAUACUUGUCGUUUCUGGAGGUGA